AUGUCUUGCGAGCACAACUACACCAUCACAGAGUCAAAGACAAACUCUUUUGAGAAUGAAAGUAGAAAGAAAAGAAAGUCGCCAACGUCGUGGUCUGAAAGUGAAGACUUUUUAUUGAAACAGGCAGUCGAAACGUUUGGCGAUGGACACUGGGUGGAGGUGUCUCAACACGUUGGAACAAGGUCAAGAAAACAGUGCAGAGAACGGUAUAUCAACUUCGUCAAUCCGGACAUCAACACGGCACCUUGGAAACAAUCUGAAGAUAAAAUCAUUAUUGAUAUGUACAUGAGAAAUGGAAACAAAUGGACUUUGAUGAACAAAUUACUGCCAGGGAGAACAGCUAGAGCUAUCAGAAACAGACAGAGAGUCCUCUUCUUUCUGAAACAAAAUUACAAGGAAAUCAAGGACACUCCAGAAAAGCACCUGAGUGGGUGCUUUGUUUGUGCUGAUAAAAACUCAUUCGUUGUUAUGGAGAACGAAAAUAGAUGGUUUUAA